GUUUCAGAACACAGAAGUGCGGCGCCAAUAUACCUCUGGCUUUGCCUUGCCACUUACAACAGCAUAGAAAAGGUUGGAUUGACUAAUAACACAAGAUGGCAGCACCCAGACAAGUCACUGAAGAAGAGAUGGAAGAGCUAAGGGAAGCCUUCCAUAAAAUUGAUGCUGAUGGAAAUGGUUUCAUAAGCCUCAAUGAACUGAAUGACUUGUUUAAAGCUGCUAAUUUGCCUCUCCCUGGCUAUAGACUGCGGGAAAUCAUCCAGGACUUUAUGGAAACAGGUGAUUCAAACAAGGACGGGAAGAUUAGUUUCGAUGAAUUUACCACAGUUUUUCAUAACCUUAAAAGUUCUGAUGUUGCCAAGACAUUUAGAAAGGCUAUAAACAAGAAAGAAGGAAUUUGUGCCAUUGGUGGUACCUCGGAACAGUCAAGUGCUGGCACUCAACAUUCUUACUCGGAGGAGGAAAACUAUGCCUUUGUAAACUGGGUCAACAAAGCCUUGGAGAAAGAUCAGGACUGCAAACAUGUUAUUCCUAUGAAUCCAGACACCGAUGAUUUGUUUAAAGCUGUGGGCGAUGGCAUUGUACUUUGCAAAAUGAUAAACCUUUCUGUAGCAGAGACCAUUGAUGAAAGAGCUAUCAACAAAAAGAAGUUAACACCUUUCACUAUCCAGGAAAAUCUGAAUUUAGCUCUGAAUUCAGCCUCUGCCAUUGGGUGCCAUGUAGUCAACAUUGGGGCUGAGGACCUGAAGGAAGGGAAGCCUCACCUGGUGCUGGGACUCCUGUGGCAAGUCAUCAAGAUCGGAUUGUUCGCUGACAUUGAGCUCAGCAGGAAUGAAGCUUUAAUUGCCCUCCUGAAGGAUGGAGAGAGCCUGGAGGACCUAAUGAAGCUUUCCCCAGAAGAACUGCUGUUGCGAUGGGCCAACUACCAUCUGGAGAAUGCAGGCUGUAACAAAAUCAACAACUUCAGCUCAGACAUCAAGGACUCUAAAGCAUAUUACCAUUUGCUUAACCAAGUAGCUCCAAAGGGGGAUGAAGAAGGCAUUCCUGCUAUUGACAUCGACAUGACUGGAUUAAGGGAAAAAGAAGACUUGAAGCGGGCAGAAUGCAUGUUACUGCAAACUGAGAAACUAGGUUGCCGCCAGUUUGUUACAGCCACGGAUGUUGUGCGCGGAAAUCCAAAGCUAAAUUUGGCCUUUAUUGCUAACCUUUUUAACAAAUAUCCUGCCCUACAUAAACCAGAAAACCAAGACAUUGAUUGGAGCUCUAUUGAAGGUGAAACAAGAGAAGAAAGGACUUUCCGAAACUGGAUGAAUUCUUUGGGAGUUAAUCCACGAGUAAAUCACUUGUAUAGUGACCUGUCAGAUGCCCUUGUCAUAUUCCAGUUGUAUGAAAAGAUUAAGGUUCCAGUGGACUGGAACAGAGUCAACAAACCACCCUACUCUAAACUGGGAGAAAACAUGAAAAAGAUUGAGAACUGCAAUUAUGCUGUUGAUUUGGGAAAGAACAAGGCAAAAUUCUCACUGGUUGGCAUUGCUGGGCAAGAUCUGAAGGAAGGAAAUCAUACCCUAACAUUGGCCUUACUCUGGCAGUUGAUGAGAAGGUAUACACUGAAUAUUCUUGAAGAUAUUGGAGGAGGGCAAAAGGUUAAUGAUGAAACAAUUCUCACAUGGGUGAAUGAAACACUGAAAGAGGCUGAAAAAUGCUCCUCCAUAUCCAGUUUCAAGGAUCCUAAAAUCAGCACAAGUAUGCCUGUUCUAGACCUCAUCGAUGCAAUUCAGCCGGGUUGCAUCAACUAUGAUCUUUUGAAAACAGAAGACCUAGAUGAGACCGAGAAACUCAACAACGCUAAAUAUGCUAUUUCCAUGGCAAGGAAAGUAGGGGCCAGGGUUUACGCCCUUCCGGACGAUCUGGUGGAAGUGAAACCGAAGAUGGUCAUGACAGUCUUUGCUUGCCUUAUGGGACGUGGACUAAAAGUUUAAAAAGCUGGAAAAUCGUGACUCCUACAAACCUUUCUGUGCACUCACAUUGUAAAGAAUGUGUUUUUUUUAAUUCCAAAAUUUGCUAUUCAGUAUUCCAUAACUGGAAUAAAGCCAGGUUGCAUAUUAAACCGAACCAAGGAUAUCCUGUGUUACCAACAAUGUUAUGCCUUAUUGAAAGUUUGCAUAAAUGUUCUAUUCCAGUUAUUACUUGUGUAAGAAUUUGAUAGCUAGAAGUUGCUUAGCUCUGCCUAAAAGCUAUUUUUAAGUAGUGUUUAUCUUUGUUUUGUUUUUGGUUUUGGGCAAAACUCAAUAAAGACAUUCUGUAUGCUAGAUUACUAUGGCAAGAGCACCUAUGGAACUCGUACAUACAUUGAAUGGUUAUAAUAAUGCAUCUGAGCCAAUAAAGGAGCCCCAGCUGUUACAUUUGAGCUAAAAGUAAUUAUAUGCACACAAUAAACUAAGCCUUCAGAUGUUACUGUCUUUUAAUGGGGAAAAAUCGGAAGAAAAAUAAAUGUAUUUUUCCAUUUUCACUAAAUAGUAAAAAAGUGAAAAGUAGAGCAUUUUGUAUCAAAGGCUAAACUAUUUGUGUUAUUAAAAAAACAAAAUGCAUUUGCAUAAUGUAGUUUACAAGCUUGUGGGCAUCAGAGUAUACACAAUAUUUUAGUAUCUUUUAAUGGGCUCUAUUACUAAUGAAGGAUGAUAUUAAGUUGCAUAGACUUUCAGUUUCUUCAUUUAAUCAGGAAAAAUACAAAAAUAAAUUUCUCAUCAAGUUCUGAAA